CGUAACGGUAAUGAUAAGCUGGUUUCAGAAAUGAGCGUUGUAUAGAUUGCCUUCAAAAACUGUACUAGAGAUUCAGUACAACCCAAUACAUCAAUCAUCAGACUGUGUCAUUUGUUAACACCAAUUUCAUAAUAAAAAAAUCACUGAUCUUAAUGAUGACCCCUCUUAUGUAAGUAUUGUAAUACCACGCAUGUAUUCAGAUCCAGUCAUCGUGGAGGUACUCAGACCCAGAGUCAUCGUGGAGGUACUCAGACCCAGAGUCAUCGUGGAGGUACUCAGAUCCAGAGUCAUCGUGGAGGUACUCAGAUCCAGAGUCAUCGUGGAGGUACUCAGAUCCAGAGUCAUCGUGGAGGUACUCAGAUCCAGAGUCAUCGUGGAGGUACUCAGAUCCAGAGUCAUCGUGGAGGUACUCAGAUCCAGAGUCAUCGUGGAGGUACUCAGAUCCAGAGUCAUCGUGGAGGUACUCAGAUCCAGAGUCAUCGUGGAGGUACUCAGAUCCAGAGUCAUCGUGGAGGUAUUCAGAUCCAGAGUCAUCGUGGAGGUAUUCAGAUCCAGAGUCAUCGUGGAGGUACUCAGAUCCAGAGUCAUCGUGGAGAAGAAACUAACGUCUGUGGGCGUGGCGUUUGGACCGGAGCAAGGACAUUGGGUAGCCGUCUGAAACAGAGAAGGCCUCGUUGUACUUUUACCAAUAGUUCAUUAGCCGCUGCUGCUCUCUUGGUGUGGUGCAGGUGCCGUACCCCUCUACUGCUCUCUUGGUGUGGUGCAGGUGAAGUACCCCUCUGCUGCUCUCUUGGUGUGGUGCAGGUGAAGUACCCCUCUGCUGCUCUCUUGGUGUGGUGCAGGUGCCGUACCCCUCUACUGCUCUCUUGGUGUGGUGCAGGUGCCGUACCCCUCUGCUGCUCUCUUGGUGUGGUGCAGGUGAAGUACCCCUCUACUGCUCUCUUGGUGUGGUGCAGGUGAAGUACUCCUCUACUGCUCUCUUGGUGUGGUGCAGGUGAAGUACCCCUCUACUGCUCUCUUGGUGUGGUGCAGGUGAAGUACUCCUCUGCUGCUCUCUUGGUGUGGUGCAGGUGAAGUACCCCUCUACUGCUCUCUUGGUGUGGUGCAGGUGAAGUACCCCUCUACUGCUCUCUUGGUGUGGUGCAAGGUAAAGAACCAGCAUGGAACCCUAGAGAUGUGUUAUUGACUGUGACUAUGGAACCCUAGAGAUGUGUUAUUGACUGUGACUAUGGAACCCUAGAGAUGUGUUAUUGAUUGUGACUAUGGAACCCUAGAGAUGUGUUAUUGACUGUGACUAUGGAACCCUAGAGAUGUGUUAUUGACUGUGACUAUGGAACCCUAGAGAUGUGUUAUUGACUGUGACUAUGGAACCCUAGAGAUGUGUUAUUGACUGUGACUAUGGAACCCUAGAGAUGUGUUAUUGACUGUGACUAUGGAACCCUAGAGAUGUGUUAUUGACUGUGACUAUGGAACCCUAGAGAUGUGUUAUUGACUGUGACUAUGGAACCCUAGAGAUGUGUUAUUGACUGUGACUAUGGACCAGCAUGGAAUCCUAGAUACAGUUGAGGUCGUAAGUUUUUCAACCACUCCACACAUUUAUUGUUAGUUAGGACAUCUACUUUGUGCAUGACACAAGUAAUUUUUCCAACAAUUGUUUACAGACAGAUUAUUUCACUUAUAAUUCACUGUAUCACAAUUCCAGUGGGUCAGAAGUUUACAUCCACUAAGUUGACUUUGCCUUUAAACAGCUUGGAAAAUUCCAGAAAAUGAUGUCAUGGCUUUAGAAGCUUCUGAUAGGCUAAUUGACAUCAUUUUUGUGGAUCUAUUUCAAGGCCUACCUUCAAACUCAGUGCCUCUUUGCAGGUACAGGUACUCUCUGAAGGUACCACGUUCUGUACAAACAACAGUACGCAAGUAUAAACACCAUGGGACCAUGCAGCCGUCAUACCGCUCAGGAAGGAGACGCGUUCUGUCUCCUAGAGAUGAACGUACUAUGGUGCGAAAAGUGCAAAUCAAUCCCAGAACAACAGCAAAGGACCUUGUGAAGAUGCUGGAGGAAACAGGUACAAAAGUAUCUAUAUCCACAGUAAAACGAGUUCUAUAUUGACAUAACCUGAAAGGCCGCUCAGCAAGGAAGAAGCCACUGCUCCAAAACUGCCAUAAAAAAGCCAGACUACGGUUUGCAACUGCACAUGGGGACAAAGAUCGUACUUUUUGGAGAAAUGUCCUCUGGUCUGAUGAAACAAAAAUAGAACUGUUUGGCCAUAAUGACCAUCAUUAUUUUUGGAGGAAAAAGGGGGAGGCUUGCAAGCCGAAGAACACCAUCCCAACUGUGAAGCACGGGGGUGACAGAAUCAUGUUGUGUGGGUACUUUGCUGCAGGAGGGACUGUUGCACUUCACUAAAUAAAUGGCAUCAGGAGGAAGGAAAAUUAUAUGGAUAUAUUGAAACAGCAUCUCAUGACAUCAGUCAGGAGGAAGUUAAAGCUUGGUUGCAAACGGGUCUUCCAAAUGGACAAUGGUCCCAAGCACACUUCCAAAGUUGUGGCAAAAUUACUUAACUGGACAACAAAGUCAAGGUAUUGGAGUGGCCAUUACAAAGCCCUGACCUCAAUCCUAUAGAAAAUGUGUGGGCAGAACUGAAAAAGAGU